AUGCAUCAACAAGAUGGCGUGAAAGCAUCUAGGUUCGACCCCACCGAAAUCGGCCUACCGUCGGAGUUUGCGCUCACGGACUACACCCGCCUCAAGGGUUGUAGUUGCAAACUGCCGCAGCCCAAGCUGCUGGCCCUGCUUCGCGCCGUCUCCACCACGCCAGGGCAGAAGGACGUUGGUAUGGAUUGCAGCGUCGUCCAACUUUCAAAGAGGGAUGAGCGUGGGGAUGCGCUGUUUAUGGUUUCCACCACCGAUUUUUUUUUCCCCAGUGUUGAGGAUCCCUACUUGCAGGGACAAAUCGGUGCUGCCAACGUCCUCUCUGACUUAUAUAGCAUGGGGAUUGAUCGCUGCGACACCGUUCUGAUGAUGUUGGCUUCAAGCACAGACAUGGACGCGGUGGAGCGUGAAGUCACCACGCGUGCGAUGAUGGAGGGGUUUGUCGAUCACGUCCGCCUGGCAGGGUCGGAUGUGACCGGUGGACAGACUGUCAUGAAUCCCUGGCCCCUUAUCGGCGGAGUUGCGACAAGCGUUGUGACGGAGUCUGAAAUGGUGCGACCGACUGGGCUCUGCCCUGGGGAUGUGCUGGUACUGACAAAGCCUCUCGGGUGUCAAGUCGCAGUGAAUCUUAAGCAGUGGCUGCGUCGUCCAUCGCCCAUGUUUUUAGACACUAUACAAGGGAAAAUGACCGAGGAGGAAGUAGAGGAACUGUACAAUGCGGCGACGGAUGGCAUGAAGCGCUUGAACCGCAAUGCAGCCAGAUUGAUGCGACAGCACGGCGCUCAUGGUGCUACGGAUGUCACGGGGUUUGGUAUUGUUGGGCACGCCCAUAACCUUGCGGUGGCGCAGGAGAGAGAAGUCUGCCUGAUAUUGGAGAAGCUUCCGAUGUACAAGGGGGCUGUAAAGGCAUCGAAGCUGAUGUCGGACAAAUAUCAACUACUCAAAGGGUAUUCUGCAGAAACCAGCGGAGGGCUACUUGUGGCAUUUGGGGACGUUGGCACAGCGGAGCGAUACGUAAAAGAACUUAGCGACGUCGACGGUGAACCGGCAUGGGUGAUUGGAACUGUUGUGGCACGCAGUGGUGACGCCGUUCCACCGGUGAAGCUUCAGGAUGGAUACAGCAUUAUUGAGGUCUAA